AUGAAAAUCGGCAUUAUACCGGUGAAUAUCGGGGUAGAUUCAGUAGAGCAGAUGACUGGGCUUGCGCAACUGGCAGAAGGUUUAGGCUUCGAAUCUGUAUGGACUUUUGAGCACGUCAUUGUGCCGCUGGAUUAUCAGUCCAAGUACCCGUACAGCCCCACGGGCAAAAUGGGCGCUGCGCCGGAAACCAAUUUUGUCGACCCGCUGAUUGCACUGUCGCAUAUUGCGGCAGCCACAAAAACACUCAAGCUGGGUACAGGGGUAAAUAUUCUGCCCCAGGCGAAUCCUCUGUAUCUGGCCAAGCAGGCCGCAAGUCUGGACUUCGUUUCCCAGGGAAGGCUGCUGCUGGGUUUAGGCAUAGGCUGGCUGCGCGAAGAAUUCGAAGCGCUUGGCGUGCCAUUCGAAAAGCGCGGUGCUCGAUUUGAUGAUUAUCUCGAGGCCAUGCAGAAGCUCUGGCAGGGUGGGGUGGCGGAUCAUCAAAGUGAGUACCUUGAUUGGCAGGGUUUCAAAAGCUUUCCCAGCGCUCCGGAACUGGCCGUUGUCAUUGGUGGCAAUAAAGGCAAAGCCUUCGAUCGAGUGGCCAAAUAUGGCCAAGGUUGGUUUGCACCCACUACCGAUGCCGGUGAGUUGAGCGCCGAUAUGGAGAAACUUAGAGCCGCGUGCGAUGCACACGAUCGUGAUGCCUCCCAGGUGGAAAUAACCUGCAUGUGGACAGGUCAGGGGGGUGAUGAAGCGGUGCAGGCCCUGGCUGCUGCGGGCGCCCAUCGUUUACUGGUACCGUUGCAGGCACUUGGUGCUGACCCGAUAGCGGGCAUGCAGGGAUUGGCUGCAGAGGUGUUGUUGAAGUGGCUGGCGGAACAUCAACUGGCGGCCAUUGUUGUGGAUGGCGCUGCCAGCGAGGUGACGCAAAGGCUUGUGACCACUCCGCAUGAAUACAUAGCCCAUCCACCAGGGAGAGGCAUGCAGAUCGCUUGUGGUGUCGCUGCCUCUGCCGUGCCCUGGAUAUGGGUUCUGCAUGCAGAUGGUUUACCAAGCAGCGCUGCGGUAAGCCAGUUGGGUGGCCUGGUCGAGGCUGAUGAGCCUCGUUGGGGUCGCUUCAACGUGAAAAUACAGGGCCUCGCGCUGAUUGCGCACACGAUGAACCUGCGGUCUCGAUUCAGCAGAAUCUGUACCGGAGAUCAGGGCAUGUUUUUCCAUGCAGGUCUGAUUCAAGCAAUAGGUGGUUUCCCGGCACAGCCGCUGAUGGAAGAUAUUGAAGUCAGCCGGCGGGGGUUAUUCGAACAGUACUUUCAAUGUGGGUAUUCCGUUGGCGCUACUUUUUUGGUGCGGAUCCCGUUGUUCUGGCGCGCGCUUACUACCGUGGUUGAUGAUCUUCAACAGGCAUUAGCCGUGUUCACCCGAACGCCUGUAAUGGGUAAAACGAAAACCCGCCUGGCGAAAUCGUUGGGCAAAGCCGAAGCGUUGGCGGCGCACAUUGAGCUGGUGCAGGGUUGCCUGGGCAGGUUGCAGCUGCAGGCGGAUGCACGCUGCGAAUUGUGGGUUACUGACGAUGCGCCUAUUGUCGCCCAGUGGGCGGAUCGGUAUCACUUCGAUCUGCGGUAUCAAUGCGAAGGCGAUCUGGGCGCGCGCAUGUAUCACUGUCUGGCGCAGAUGUUCUUAGCGGAUGUGUCGGUCGCAGUGCUGGUUGGCACGGACUGCCCGGAUAUUGACGGGCGUUAUGUGCGGCAGGCCUUCCGCGCGCUGCAGAGCAACGACGUUGUGUUUGGUCCUGCUGAAGAUGGUGGGUAUGGCCUGGUUGGCAUAUGUCACUCUGCCAUGCCGGCGGCAGUGACACUGUUCCAGGAUAUUGCAUGGGGCAGCUCGACUGUGCUGGCGCAGAGUCUGGAGCGAGCUGCUGAGGCGCAGUUGUCGGUUGUUCAGUUGCCGGUGAUCUGGGAUGUUGAUCAGGUCGCGGAUUGGCGCCGCUAUCAGCAUAUCGAAAAGGGUUAA